ACCACAGUUUGGAUCCUGCCCAGGAAGCUGGGCUGAAAGACGGGUUUGUUUGAGUGACCCUGGCUCCUGGCUGUGCUCUGCCCUCUACUUACUUUGCUAACGGAGCACAGGAUCCAUAUCGUUGGCUGCUGGGGGUUCCCGUCUGUGCAUUUGUCUGCAGGACAGGGACUCCGUAGUUGGUGGGAUGGCUUCGGUGUUUAUGUGCGGGGUGGAGGACAUGGUGUGUAACGGCAGCCGCCUCGUAUGGAAUCUGACCGUAUCGGCACUCAGGAGGUGGUAUUCUCACAGAUCCAGGACUUGUGUGCUGAUGCUCAGAACAUGGUGUGGGUUACGGGAGGUGUACCAGAUGGCGGAGGGCCGACACUGCAAGGUUCACCUCUUAGACGACCGGGAGCUGGAGUUGCUGGUUCAGCCCAAACUCUUAUCCCGGGAGCUGUUGGAUCUGGUGGCCUCGCAUUUCAGCCUGAAGGAGAAGGAAUAUUUUGGAAUUUCAUUCCUAGAUGACACAGGCCAGUAUGCUUGGCUGCAGUUGGAUCAGCGAGUUCUAGAUCAUGAUUUCCCAAAGAAAUCGGGCCCCGUGUCUCUCUACUUCGUUGUAAGGUUUUACAUAGAAAGCAUAACAUUCCUUAAGGAUAUUACAACCGUGGAACUAUUUUUCCUGAAUGCGAAGGCCUGUGUGUUCAAGGGCCUGAUAGAAGUGGACAGCGAGACCAUAUUUAAGUUGGCUGCACUCAUUUUACAGGAGGCCAGAGGAGACUACAGCAGUGAUGAAAAUGCAAGAAAAGAUCUGAAGAUUUUGCCAGCGCUGCCCACCCGAGCCUUGCAGGAGCACCCGUCCCUUUCCUAUUGCGAGGACCGGGUGAUUGAGCACUGUAAGAAACUCAAAGGCGUCACAAGAGGACAAGCUAUUGUCCGGUACAUGAAAAUAGUGGAGGCGCUGCCGACAUAUGGAGUUCAUUACUACAAAGUAAAGGACAAGCAAGGAAUCCCCUGGUGGCUGGGAAUUAGCUUCAAAGGCAUCGGCCAAUACGAUAUUCAGGAUAAAAUCAAACCCAGAAAGUUAUUUCAGUGGAAGCAGCUGGAAAACCUGUACUUCAGAGAGAAGAAAUUUGCCGUGGAAGUGCACGAUCCCCGUAGAAUCUCCGUGUCAAGAAGAACCUUCGGGCAGAGCAGCCUCGUCGUUCAGACCUGGUAUGCGAGCAACUCCCUCAUCAAAUCCAUAUGGGUGAUGGCAAUUAGUCAGCACCAGUUCUACUUGGACAGAAAGCAGAGCAAGGCAAAAAUCCCAAGUGCAAAAAGCCUGGACGAUAUCGCCAUGGAACUGACCGAAGCCGGGACUACUAAAGUGGCUAGGAUAGUGGAAGGAAAAAACCCACUGAUCAUGGCAAGCAGCGGCAGCCUGAUCUCUUCAGGUUCCCAAGAUUCCGAAAUCAGCGAAGAACAGCGAAUGGAGAAAAUCCAGGAGCUAAAGAAGAAAGAGGAGGCGCUACAGAACAUCCUGCUGAAAAAGAUUGAAGAGCUGAAGAAAAUAUGCCUGCGGGAAGCUGAGCUGACCGGAAAGCUUCCUACUGAAUAUCCGCUUAAUCCCGGGGAGAAGCCCCCCAAUGUCCGAAGACGAAUGGGUGCAACGUUCAAAUUGAAUGACAUACUUCACACAGAUGAGGAUCCUGCUUUACAAGAGCUGGAACGCAAAUUCCUCAUUCAGCAACAACUGGUCGAAGCCACCAAGAAAUUGGCCACCGAGCCAGAUUUAAGCAAAAAUGUGAAAAGGAAAAGGAAGCAGGACUACAGCGACUCCAUCAAGAAGCUCCAAGAACUUGAAAGUACCAUCAACGAAUUCAGAGUCAAGAGUGGGAAAACUCCCACCAAGAGGGCAUCUAUGAUCUUGCAAGACGAUAUCAUCCCAUCUGAAACCAGCUCCUUGUCAGAUACAACUACACUGGAAGAUGAUGAAUCACAGCUUCCCCAAGGUCAGAGGCUGCAUAACUCGCCCAAUGUGCACCUUACCAAGUCCAUAGGUGGAGACAAGAGCCUCGCCAGGAAAUUUUCCCUCAAUGAGCAAUUGUCGGAGAUGCGGGUUACAAGAGAACCAUCUUCAACGCACAGCAGCCCAUACAAAACCCAGGAGCGGAAGCCACACGGAGGCAGAAGCAUGCCGUCCACACCUGUGCUGACUCGCAACGCCUUCAGCAGCAGCCAUCUCCAGAACGAGGGCACGCCUCAGUACAACCGGCAGCGCCGGGGCAGCUUGGAAUCCCACACACCCAUCCUUUCGGACGCUGUGGAUGGAACGCCGGCAUUCUCCAUCUCCAAGAGUCAGCGGAGCAACAGCACGGAGGUGUUAGACGACGGUUCCUCCUGUACCAGCCAGUCAAGCUCUGAAUAUUAUUCCACUCCUCCAAAGCACAACCCCUGUUACACGACACAGACCCUCGACAACCGCUCAAGAGACAGGCGGAGGCACAAGAGACAGAACUUCUCCGCUGCCAAUUCAGGGAGCAUGCCCAAUCUGGCACACAGGGACGCCAGGAACAGCAUGUACCAAACAGCUCAAAACCAGCCUGCUUCCAGCUACUUAAUUCCUGGAUAUUCCCCUUACCCAGAGACUGACCCCUACUACAAUGGAGGGUACAUUUAUGAGAACGAUACGGAGGGGCAAUAUAGUGUAAAUCCCUCCUACCGCUCAUCGGCUCACUAUGGAUAUGAUCAGUACCGGGACGUAAGAUAUGAUGGAGAUCAGUACAUAUCCUCCCAGAACCCCUAUGCAACAAUGAGGCACCCAAGGAAAAACCCAGUGGCCAAGACAACAGAGCAGAUAGCCAAAAACAUUAAAAAGGCCAUUGUGGAAGAGCAUCUCAGGGGCUGGUACCAGAGAGCCUCUUAUCAGAAGGAUGUUGGCCAAGGACUGCAGGGCUUUAUGGAGGGGGAUCGGGGAUCACAGCGGAGUUUAUGCUUCGGCUCAAUGCACGUCCCUUCCUCUCCCAGCACUCGAGCUCCUUCCUGCGCCUCAGUAUCUUCUUCAAGCACACUGGGAACCCGCCGGGUCCAAAACAGCGCACUGGUGUAUUCGGAUUAUAACAGCGGAUCCACCGCCCCAUACACUGGAUACUCUACGGCCUACAGCACCACGAGCAGGACGUACUUUGCCUACCCUGCUCAGCUGAAUGAAGCGGAUAUUGUCCCACUGAAUGAAGAUAUCCUUCCAAUUGAUCAAGAACUGCUGUGGCAUGAAGAUUCCAAACCAGGGACCUUAGUUUGAACCCAUUUAUUAGGGUGCUUUUUAGCCCUUCCACCUUACGUGCCUUGCACACACAGCCCUUUCCCAGUGCCGCCAUUGGUAUCUGAAAGGUCCAUGUUGGGAAACAUAGUACUGAGAAGGUCGGCACUGUUUGUAGCACUUGGAACUGUAGAUAGCAAGCACUUUGUGACGACGGUGUAACGGAUAGGGAAGGCGGAGCUUCAAAAUGUGAACCUCCCCCAGGAGUUACCAAGAGUGUGUCCUAGGGCCGGACAUUUCCAAGGAAGGAGCAUUCAUUAUGAACGAGUGACGGGUCGGAGUGCUGUCAGUAUUGGCCAUUCAAAUGAAGGAUAUAAAGCUCGAUCAGAACGGGAAAUGUCUUUUAUUUAUGGAUUUUUUUUAAGCUUCACUUUGUUGCUUCCGAGACAACGAGCAGCAGGCCUUGUAUAUACGGGAUAUGUACAUAUUUUGGCACCGGUUAUUUUGUAUCUCCCAGCGCAUUUUAAGCUUUGUAUGACUUUCUUCCCACUACUCACCUUCUGUAUGGAUAUCCUGUGGUACAACUCGGUUUUAUAUAAUAUCACAAACGCUUUUAUAUGGAAUUUGUUAAAAUCUGCUGGUCAGGUAUCAAACUUCUCAUAUUAUUUGCAAUAAAAUUGUUCUUGCAUAGGUGUCA